GGCUCUCCCGUCCCCGGCUCCCCGCUCUCUCUCAGCCCCGGACAGGUGUGGUGGCUCUCCGCUCACCCGCAGCCAUUUUGAAUGUUCCAGACAAAGGCUCGUGUCUCCCCCCGCCCGCUUCUCCGCGCCCCUCACUAUCACCCGGUCCUCCACCUCCGCUCCCCAUCCCGGACUCCCCUCACCCUCCCGCCAGGCCCCGCUCCUCUUUCCCCUCCCCCACUCCUCUCCUCAGCCCUUCGCACCACCAAAUCCCGCUCGCAGCCAUUUGCCCUCGCCUUAUAUAGGGUGCCGCCGUCCAAUGGGCUCCCUCGGUGUCCGUGACGUGUUGGGCCAGCCGCACAGGCGCAGUAUGCCGCUGCCCUCUUGAGUUUGAGCGGCGGAGUAAAGAUGGCGGCGGGUUCGGAUCUGCUGGAUGAUUUCUUCAACACGGACGUGGACGAGAAAGUGGUGAGCGAUCUGGUGGGCUCCCUGGAGUCCGAGCUGGCGGCCGCCGCCCACCACCAUCAUCACCACCACCACCCGCAGCAGCCGCCACAGCCGCACCCGGGGCCCCCCGAGGUCCGCAGCCAGGCCCUCGCCAACCAUGUUGCCAGCCCUGCCGGGGUAGGGGCCGCCGCCACCGCCGGGGGACAGCCGGAGGCCAAGAUCGGACUCCCCCAGGACCUCCCCAAGACGGGAGCAGCUGUGCCUGGAGUCCAAGGAGGCGUCAUUAACAACACCCGACUGCAAACAGCCCCUCAGCCGGAUGGACUUCAGUCUGCUGGAUCAGAGACGGGAGGACCUCACAGUCAGGCCAAAUCUGGGGUCCUUGGCAACAUUGUAACUUCUUUGCCCAACCACGGCUCAGGUAAUGGCAAACCUGCGGCCAUUCAGACCAUGAAUGGAAAUAAUGUUGUUAUGAAUUCUCAUGGACCUGGGGGGCAUGGAGCCCAAUUUCAGGGGAACAGUAACCCGACGCCUGGAGUUAAUCUUGUCAACAAUGGCCCUGCUUCUGUCACCAAGGGCGGUGUGAACACAGCUGCCAAUACGGUGAUCCAGACUUCUUACCUUGCAACAACCAAUGUGUCGGCCUCUGUCAUCUCCUCAUCUGCAUCGACGACAGCUGGACAGCCCACAGGCAUGGCAGGUGUACCCACUACUGUAGCGCUGGUGAGACCUCUUAUGCAUCAGGGAGUGCCAGCCACCCAGAACGGAAGCAAUACUGUGAUCAAUUCCCCUUUGCCAGCUCCUGGUGGGGUGUCUUUGCAAAUGAACAGCCAGCCCAGCCAGGCACCUAGCCAGGUGAUCAAAUCGGAGUCCCCUAAAACUAUUAUUCAGACUCCUCAGCAGAGCCAGCCUGCCCCUGGGAAUAUGGUUAUUGGACAGACUAUGCAAGCAGGACAUCCAGGCCCUGGAGGAGCAGGUCCUGGCACCCCAACAGCAAUGGGCAAACCUUCAGUCAGCACUAUGCCUCAAAGUUUGCCAAGGACUCCUACAGCACCGCUUGGUGGCAUCAGGGCGACCAUAAAUCCACCUAUGUUGGCGCCGCGGAUGCCACCGCCUCAACAGAAUCCACCAAACAUCCAAAACUUUCAGCUUCCGCCAGGGAUGGUCCUUGUACGGAGCGAGAACGGGCAGCUGUUGAUGAUCCCCCAGCAGGCACUGGCCCAGAUGCAGGCUCAGGUUCAAGCACAGGCUCAAUCACAGGCCCAGGCUCAGGCCCAAGCCCAGGCUCAGGCCCAAGCUCAGGCCCAGGCCCAAGCCCAAGCUCAAGCUCAGGCCCAAGCCCAAGCCCAAGCCCAGGCCCAGGCCCAGAAUGCAAUGGUUACUCGGCCUGCAACGCCCACCACUGCCCCGUCUGUGCAGAUCUCCACAGUCCAGUCCCCCGGUGCACCUUUGAUGACGCGGCAGGUUACGCCAACUACCAUCAUCAAGCAAGUAUCUCAGACGCCAACGACUGUGCAGCCCACCACCACACUACAGAGACCCCCUGUUGUACAAAAUCAGAUAGUGCUCGGCAGCACGGCGCAAACUGCCACUUUGGGGACAGCGUCGGCCGUCCAGACUGGAACCCCGCAGAGAGCGGUGCAAGGAACUGCUACCCCAGCGACAGCCACCACGGAAACCAUGGAAAAUGUGAAGAAAUGUAAGAAUUUUUUAUCCACUCUCAUAAAACUGGCCUCAUCGGGUAAACAGUCUUCAGAGACGGCAGCUAACGUUAAAGAGCUAGUACAGAAUCUGCUGGAUGGGAAAAUUGAAGCAGAGGAUUUCACCAGUAGAUUAUACAGAGAACUGAACUCUUCACCUCAACCUUACCUUGUGCCUUUCCUAAAGAGGAGCCUCCCUGCCUUGCGCCAGCUGACCCCUGACUCAGCAGCCUUUAUCCAGCAGAGUCAGCAGCAGCAACCGGCCGCCCAGGCCACGACAGCCCUCACCGCAGUCAUGCUAAACAACCCUGCACAGCGAACAGCUGGCAAGACCACUGCCACCGUCACAAAUACAUUACAACAGCCUGUCAUCAGCCCCGCACAACAUGUACAUUCUAAACCUGGCCAACCAUCCCCACUGGUUAUCCAGCAGGCACAUAAAGCUGGGGCCGUUGUACGACACCAACAGGUCACAUUGACCCAAACGCCCAUGGUAGCACUUAGACCGCCUCAAAGCCGAAUUAUGCUCACCACUCCACAACAGAUACAGCUAAACCAGCUGCAUUCAGUCCCAGUGGUAAAACCGAAUGUUGUAGCUGGCACGAAAGCCUUUUCCACGAUGGCAGCAGCGCAAGCGGCAGCCGCACAGAAAAACAAAUUAAAAGAACCAGGGGGAGGAUCGUUCAGGGAUGACGAUGAUAUCAACGACGUGGCUUCCAUGGCGGGGGUGAACCUGUCGGAGGAAAGUGCGCGGAUAUUGGCAACGAAUUCCGAAUUAGUGGGGACGUUAACGCGGUCUUGUAAAGAUGAAUUGUUUCUGCUCCCUGCGGUAUUACAGAGGCGGAUACUGGAGAUCGGUAAGAAACACGGGAUAACGGAAGUCCAUCCAGACGUGGUCGGUUAUGUCUCGCACGCCACGCAACAGCGAUUACAAAACAUUGUAGAGAAAAUCUCAGAAACUGCUCAGCAAAAGAACAUCUCUCACAAAGAGGACGAUCGGUACGAGCAGACGACUGAUGUUCGGACGCAACUUAAGUUUUUCGAACAGCUCGACCAGCUAGAAAAACAGAGGAAAGAUGAGCAGGAGAGAGAAAUUCUCAUGCGGGCGGCAAAGUCUCGGUCACGGCAGGAAGAUCCAGAGCAGUUACGGUUAAAACAGAAAGCAAAGGAGAUGCAGCAACAGGAAUUGGCACAAAUGAGGCAAAGAGAUGCAAACUUAACGGCGUUAGCAGCUAUCGGCCCUCGAAAAAAGAGGAAAAUGGACUCCCCAGGCCAUGGUUCAGGGUCAGAGGCAUCCAGCACCAGUACAACACCCUCCAGCAGCUCCGGAGCAGGCAGUAGCAGACAGUUUACACGGCAGCGGAUAACGCGUGUCAAUCUCAGGGACCUCAUAUUUUGUUUGGAAAACGAGAGAGAGACAAGCCAUUCACUUUUGCUAUAUAAAGCAUUCCUAAAGUGAAAAAAAAAAAAACUAAAAAUAAAACAAAAACUCAACAAAAAUGGAAAAGAUCAAGGUAUUUUUUUUUUCUUUGGUUUUUGCAAAGACGACACUUUUCCCCCCUUUGAACCUCGCUGGGACUGUUUUUUAUUUUAUUUUUUCUUCUCAUUUUUAUAUGUUUGCCGAUUCUUAUUGCCUUUUUGCUUCCUUUUUUGACACGCUUAAUUAAGAGCAAACCACAAUCAUCAUCACCCUUCGGAUUCCUUCCAGUUUAAAA